AUGAUUAAGAUUCAACAGACAUUAUACAAAGAGCCCGUGGAGUGUCAACCAAAAAUUUAUCAACGGAUAAAAACUAGAAAUGAAGUUUUGACAAAAGGUGGAAGCACAAAGGAUGUCCACAACUUGGAGUUCCGAUUUGUUUCUUCUUCUAGUAUCAAAUAUGAAGUUGGCGAUGUUGUUGAGCUACCUCCAAGCCAAAAUCCUUCAGCAAUAGAUGCGUUUAUAGAGAACGCUAUAAUAUGGAGGCAGAAUUAUUCAUCACAGUAA